UUAUUAAUUUACCCUUAAAUGUGUCUUACUCACAUUGCAUCGUUCAGUCGUCAGCUGUACUGUGCGCUCUCGGAUGGAUGAUGUGCUGUACAGAUGUGUCGUUCACAAAUGAGUCGGCUCACCAAAGUUCACCAUAAAGAGAAGUAAGCCGAGUCGUCCGCGGUCGACACAUCUUCACAGCACAGCGAUAAAACGAAGCUCUGGAGUUCCGAGAACGCACCAUACCGAGCCUUUGUUCAACACAUUCUACCGUCCGAGUCCGGUCUCCUUACCGGAAAAUGAAAAGGUUCAGGCUUUCCAGCUGGAGGCAUUUAGUUCUUCAAGUUCUUUUGUUUCAGUGUUUUGCUCUGUUUGGAACUUUUGCGGCUCCUUCACCCAUUAUCAAGUUCCCAGGCGAUGACGUACCUCGAACAGACAAAGAAGUGGCACUGCACUACUUAAACAAGUUUUAUGGAUGCCCACAAGACCGAUGCAACUUAAUGGUUCUAAAGGAUACGUUGAAGAAGAUGCAGAAGUUUUUUGCUAUUCCGGAGACUGGAGAGAUUGAUCAGAAGACUGUUGAGACUAUGAAGAAGCCCAGAUGUGGCGUCCCAGAUGUAGCCAAUUACAACUUUUUUCACUCAAAGCCUAAGUGGCAAAAGAAAGACGUUACAUACAGGAUACUGGGUCACACUCCAGAUAUGGAUGAAGAGACUAUUGAUGAUGCCUUCUUCCGUGCCUUUAAAGUCUGGAGUGAUGUCACACCUCUUACCUUCACACGCAUCAUGGAUGGAGAGGCUGACAUCAUGAUCAAUUUUGGCCGCAACGAGCAUGGUGAUGGUUAUCCAUUUGAUGGAAAGGAUGGUUUGCUAGCCCAUGCCUUUGCUCCUGGUGCUGGGAUUGGAGGAGAUUCCCACUUUGAUGACGAUGAGCAGUGGACCCUGGGAGACGGGCAAGUUGUAAAGGUCAAGUUUGGUAAUGCAGAGGGAGAGUUCUGUAAGUUUCCGUUCCUCUUUAUGGGGAAAGAGUACAGCAGCUGUACAUCGCAGGGACGUGAUGAUGGCUUCCUUUGGUGUUCGACAACCUAUGACUUUGACACGGAUGGAAAGUAUGGGUUCUGUCCACACGAGUUGCUGUUCACACUAGGUGGAAAUGGACAGGGAGCACCAUGUAAGUUCCCGUUUACUUUCCAAGGGGACAAGUAUGACAGCUGCACCACAGCAGGUAGAGACGAUGGGUACCGCUGGUGCUCCACCACUGAGGACUACGACCAGGACAAGAGCUACGGAUUCUGUCCUGAGACUGCCAUGUCUACGGUUGGAGGAAACUCUGAGGGUGCUCCUUGUGCCUUCCCCUUCAUUUUCUUGAGUAAAACCUACGAUUCUUGCACCACCUCUGGACGUAGUGACGGGAAGAUGUGGUGUAGCGUAACUAAAAGUUUUGAUGAGGACCGCAAGUGGGGCUUUUGCCCAGAUCAAGGGUACAGUCUUUUUCUGGUGGCAGCUCAUGAAUUUGGCCAUGCUCUGGGUCUGGAGCACUCUCAAGACCCUGGAGCACUAAUGGCCCCCGUCUACACAUACACUAAACACUUUAGGCUCUCCAACGAUGAUAUCAAAGGCAUUCAGGAGCUAUAUGGUGUACCAACUGAUAAGCCACUUCCUCCUACUCAGGGUCCAGUUACUCCUAUGGAUAUCUGCAGUGAGAAUAUAAUAUUUGAUGCUAUCGCGCAGCUCAGAGGGGAGACCUUUUUCUUUAAGGACAGGUUCCUAUUCAGGACAACUAAUCCAAACAAGAAGCCAACAGGCCCGAUGUUGGUGGCCACUUUCUGGAGUGAGCUACCUGAGAAGAUAGAUGCAGCCUAUGAAAACCCACUGGAGGAAAAAUCAGUUUUCUUUGCAGGUGAUGAAAUGUGGGUGUAUUCGGCAAGUACUCUGGAAAGAGGCUAUCCUAAGAAGAUCUCCUCCAUUGGCCUUCCAACUGAUCUUGACCGCAUUGAUGCAGCCUAUUCAUUUCACAAGAGCAAAAAGACCUACCUGUUCUCUGGAGACAAGUUCUGGAGGUACAAUGAAGCCAAGGAGAAGAUGGACCCUGGUUUCCCCAAACUCAUUUCUGAAUCCUGGAAUGGUGUUCCUGAUGAUUUGGAUGCUGCCUUUAGUAUGAAUGGGAAGGGCCAUAGCUACUUCUUCAAAGAUUCCCUGUAUCUCAAAAUGGAUGAGAGCCUGAAAAUCAUCAAAGUAGGAGAGGUGAAAGCAGACUGGCUUCACUGCUAAGCAGAAAAACAUUCCAUGGGCCACAGGAUUUGGGCCAUGACCUUUGACCUUGUGUCAUUUUAUUCUGCUCCACAGUGGUGUAAUGUCCCCCACUGACCCCAGAAACGAUUAAUCAGUAUUUGUUACUCAAGUAUUUGUCAUCAAGCUCUGGAUCUUUUUCAUAAUGUGAUGUAGUUAAAAGGAGCUACUUCAGUAGGACUGCAAAAGUAAAAUUUAAAGAACCACAACACUAAUUUUUUUUGUUUUGAAAAGUUUUGUCUCAAUGGUUUUAAACAAUGAAAAUGAGUGAUUUGAGAACUAGGAACACAUUUUUGGUAUAGUAUAUUAAGGAUAUAUCAGAUACAUGUUGGGUACCUUCUGCUUUUAACUUGCAACCACUUUUGUACCUUGUACAAAAUUUGAAGUGUCCUGCAGAAACAGAGAUUGAACAGAGCAGUAGCUUAUCAUGUAUUUUGUUCUUUUCUUUUAUGGCAUUAGUUAAUUGAGGGCACGGGUUGCCUAAGUAUGUAUAUGGGUUUGGCGCAUGAUGGACUCAUGGCAAGAAAGUAUCUUGAAAAUAGUUGAUUAACCAUAUGUAUUUUGGUUUUUGGCAAUAUAAGUUUUUUUUUUUUUUUUUUUUAUUGUUUGCUUUGUGCACUGUCACUACAGAAUUCUGAAAAUAAACAAAAAAAUUAAAGA